AAAUGUCUGACUCCCCCCCCCCCCAGGUGCGUGACGUCAUUUAUGGACGGCCCCAAAGACAUAUGUAGAAACAGAGAUGCCGAAACAGGCAAAGACAUGGAUAUAAAGAGACAUACACUGACACAGGAACCGACACAUUGGCGCAAAUGGACGGACGCACAGAGACACCGACACGGAAAUAGGACGCAAGGAGACGGACACAUAAAGGCAGACAGACACUCGGACAAUGACAGGUACAUACACAUAGACGGACACAUAAAUACUUGGGAGGGCAGAUGCGCAGAGACGCAAAGAUACACGCGGACACAAACGGGCAUACAGGGUCGGGGGGAAUGCAAAGACAAAGACAAACAUCACCUGUGUAGCCUGUUAUAGACUGUUGGGGCAAGGGACGCUACUGAGCACCUAUGGAGGCUAGCACAGGGUUGGUGACCAACACCACGCCCGGCCGCUUUUAUACAGAGGGACACACGGAGAAACUCAGACAUGCGAACACGGAACACAUGCCGCCUGUGGAACAUUGCUCCAUACCGCGACUUCUCCCUUGAGGCAAAGGCCCGGUUUAGGGGGAGGGAGAGGCCAAUCGGAUAUACUGUAUGUCCAGCGGCUGAAAUUGCAAAGGCACCCACGAAAAUAUACGUAACAUUUUUUUGUGAUUAACAGAAAUUAUUACUUUGUUCAUAUCAUUUAAUAUGAAUAAUAAAAAAUUGUGUUAAUUGCUGUUUUAUUAGGUUGUUUUGAUAUCAAAAUUAUUUCCCCAUCGGACACAUGAGCUUCAAAUUAUACUGAGAGACAAAAAGAGGAACACAGUUUAGGCAACGUAUGCAGGUUAUUAGCAUCGUUCAGGCUUUUUAAAAAAGUAAGUGGGUUCGGGUCAAACUAAACUCAACAAUUUUUAUCUCACCAGGUAAAGCCCACUGAGCUAAAUAGCCCUUUGUAAGAAGCUACCUACCCACAAAUGAUAAUCCAACGAAGUGGCUUAUCAUGUGGAAAUUUAUAGCAGCCAAAUAAUCUAAACACAUGUUUCUAAAUGUGGAGGGAAAAACUGGAGGACCUGGAGAACAAGCCACACGACCACAGGGAGAGAGAUACGCAAACUCCAAAUAUACAGCAGGCGUCAGGGUCAGGAUUGAACCCGCGUUCCUCCUAUAUACCAGGCGAGGGAGUUAACAUCUCGCCACUGCGGUGAUCCUGUAGCACAAAUCAUGGCUGUAGCACACAUCAUGUCUAGGGAUGGUGGCCGAUUGUCAAGAACAGUGAGACACGAGGGGCAGCCAAGAAAAAGGAGUGCGCCGGAUAGUACGUCCACUAAGCAGAUGGAGUGACGAAACCAGCACUCAUGCGAAUGCUUUGUCAAUUAUUACAUCACAGUGAUCGUGAGGAGUGGCGGCAACUUGGGGAGGCCUUCAUCUAGCAGUGGACUGAUCAUGGCUGAUGAUUGUGAUAUAGAAUUAACCUUCUUGGUAGGGGACAGGGUCAAAUCCCCACGGGGGAAGAAUCUCUCCUUGCAUGCAGGCCCAUCUCCUCCAGCAGUUGCACAGCUGUUUAUUUAUUUGUUUCCCCGCAGGCCACCGCCGCCAUGUUACGUAACGCCCUCGUGCACCGCCGGCCCAGCUGCUGUGCUUGGCUGAGCCCUUCUGCCCCGAAAUGCCUCCUCGAGUUCAGCAGAGAUGGGGAAUGUGGGUGAAAAGGAGUCAGCGGGGACUGUCCUAGCAUUCCACAUGGCUGGGCUCCGACAGCAGGAAACGAUAGCACAUGGAGAAUUGAACAUUGAAAAAAAUGUACAACAGAUUUUCGAAUGUCAUUGUUUUAAUGUUCAAGUCAAGGGGGAACAGCCUCCACUAGAGAGAGCUUUACAGAGCCCCUCCAGGAAAGGAUUUUUUGUCCUACUUUCUAACGCAGGUCAAACAUCUUGGAAGAGAUGGGAGUACCCACGCUUUACCCUGGAGGUGGAAGGGGGGGGAACAGUGUAGGACUUAAUUUCUCAUGGAAUAUUUUCCGGGUGGCUUGCAGACCGGAGUAGGCGUGCGUCCAGUUACCACAGCGAUAACGAGAAUGGACGUGGUGUGCCGGGAGUUGAAAUAUUUGUCGGGUCACUGACCCGGACAUGACUCGGCUGAAAUUGAAACCUGGGCUCAAACGACGCGUCGACACGUCGACUCGCGUCUCGUCUUCAACUUGCGGCGACGUGCGUCCGAGGCAUUCGCCUGCAGGAAUGGAACGUCCGUUCAGUUGGUGCAGUCUGCGAGUGCUGCGCAACACGCCGUGGCUUUUCGAUAACAUUUCACUGCAACCGAAUUUCAAGAUGCCACACAAAUAGAGUGUGGCUUGAGCUUGGUAGAGAAGGGAAGUCGGUCGUAGGCAGAGGAAAAGAGGAAGCUUUUCAGCCGGUAGUCGUCAGCACGGAUGACUGAGCAGUAGAGUCUGAGACUGCGGAGAGGGGAGGGGGGAAUUUGGUUUGGGUGUUGAAGGGCAGUCAGUGAGGCCAAUCCUGAAUCCCAAAAGCAGAAUAUCGGUAUCGCACCUCGUUUCCACGCUCAAACUAGUUUUUGGAAGCACUGCCCUUCCAUUGGCAGCCAUCAUCCCGUGGUAGAAACUCCAUAUUACCAUGGUGGGUUCAGUCUCCGAUAGGGCGAGAAACCCUUACCGAUAUCCCGCAAAGUGGUACUUGUUUUACCAACCACGGAAGGAUGGUGAGCUGAGCUGACCCCGAACUGGGAUUUUAACUCACGAUCUUUUAAGGGUGAGCCGAGUUCCUUGGAUUAUAGGAUCAGCUGGGUGCAGUGGCGUCCGGAUGUACAAACACACAUCACAGUGGUUUAUACAAAGACUUAUAGUUAAGUAAGGUUAAAAUAGCCCCAACGACCCACAAGGAGUGGGGAGGGGCUCAUGCAGCAGUGGAUAGACAAAGAGAUGUACAUGUACACAGUUACAGACAUCAUUUUGCAAUGGUCACCUUGCAAAUUGUGAUAUGCACAAGCCAGUUGGUUACAUGAUCCGUUCCAGUAAUGGUAUAAUUGUACUUGAGGUUUUUUGUUUAAAUACAAAAGAUGUGGGACGCCGCUGUGGUGCAAUGCUUGGCUCACUGCGAUUGCAGUGGCCAGUUCGGUUAAAUAAUCCCAGCGUGGUAGUUGAAAUGAUGGCGCAAGUUUCUUUGAAACCAUCUAUCUCUGGCCAACCAGCAAUACACUGUAAGUGGGUACACCGUGGUUAGUCGAUCACAGGUCACGUGUGGUGGGGAAAAGUGUGGGCGUUCCCACCUUUGUUUACAAUACGCCUGGCCAGUGCACUGGAAGAGUAGGUCAAAAAAGGUAGCGGCUCUCGAGAGCAGCCUCUGGUGGAGGAUUCAAGGCCAGAAGUGACGUGAGCAGGCAAUUGCAGGGGCUGAACCUUUGCUGUCCUUGCACUUUAUGAAAAGGAACGCUUUGCAUGCGCUAACAUUCGCUUCUUUGUCGUGUCUGCUGGAGGCUCCGCGAUGUCUCGCUUGCUGUUUUACAAAUGACGAAUAACCCGGCGCUGUCAUUUUCACUGCCACAGUUCACGUCGCACAUUUCUGUUCGUCAGCGAGGUACCAGUCACCGCUAAAUAGGGCCCUUUUAAAAUGCGGUGAAUGUGUGCGUUUGUAAUUUUUUCUUCACUCUCUUAAAAAAAAAUCUACCUGAAAUGUGCAAUGUAAUGAAUGGUUGAAUAGUAUAGAAUAACAAUCGUUUCUUUAUGCAUGACCUGUUGGGAGAACAUUGAGACAAGUCUCUUUUUGCAAGGGGAAUUUGAUUUAAAAAAAUACUUUGGGGAAUACAUCAACAGCAACAACAAUUGAAAUGAACAAUUACAAGUAUUUACCCGGAAAAUCCUCAGCGAGCCUCAAGACUCUCUUUCAGGUGGCUCCUGCGUUUGGGAUGUUUGGCCAAUUCCCUGAAUGAGUAGUUAGCUUCAUGUCGGAGGAAACUGGAAAAUGCGGACAACAACCCACAACGCUGUGUACGAGGAAGUGACACCCUGCACUGCCAUCUCCUGGUCACUGUGCAGCCCAAUGCCCACAACAUCUGGCAAACCCUUGUGUUCAUCCAUCUUAACUGUUUAACCAGGCUUUACUCUGUUAGGCUUCUAAGAUCUGACAAGGUCGGGCACAAUGGUGAUUUGUUUUGUAGGUCAAUCAUCGAUACAACUAUUUGACGUGAAUAAUAAUUACGCAACCUCAGUAUAAACAAAACAAGUGUGAAAAAUAGGGUAAUUACGUUGUGUGAAUUAAUGUGUUUUGCCAUGUGUUGUUUCAGGUGAAUGAGUGAGUGGAGAUGAACGUGGCACUUUCACAAGGCUUUACAACGCAAUAGACGGAGCUUCAAACACGUCCCUAAAAACAAGAAAACCAGCUUCUCCGAAUGCCAGUUAUACAUCCAGAGUGAUGGAUCUGUGGAAUGGACGCGUGCUUCUGUGGCUCUGCUCGGUUGAAAGCACAAAAUACGAAUCUGGGGGCGGCUUGUAAGAAUAGGGCAGCUGCAUGGAAACACGAGAAGGCUCGAUGGUGCAAAUUACUCUUUUUAUUUUUUGAUGUAUUCCUGGAGCAGAACCGGAGCUAAAUGUGGCACGCGGCAAAACGCGGGGUUCUCACAGGGCGAUGUUUUCCUUGGGUACGCCUAGAUGUUGAGCGGAAAGAAUCCGAAAUCUCCGCAGCCCAAAAGUGAGUCAAGGAUCGGUCCAGAUGUCGCCGGCCAAGCUCGAGUUGCCGCUGUCUCGUGUGCAGCUGAUUCUGCGGGGGGUUGGGUGUCCGACUGCGCCCUGGCAGGCUCGCUGAGAGCCAUGGAGCCGGGACAAAAUCUUGUGCACAGCAAGCCCGCUGCAGCCGCCGACGCAGACAGCGCCCUUUCCGAAGCGCGGGCGCGAGCUUCUUCUUCGCACGAGAGUGCCGCCCGCACGACGAGAGUCAGCAGCCUCGAGCCACAGCCCCCUCAUCGCCCAGCCACCUUCGUCGACAUCUCAAAGCCGCAGAGCCCGGAGGCCGAACGGUGGCCGGGAUCUCACGGCGAUCUGGAUCGUGCUUGCGGCCGCGAAACUCACGCCGCCUCUCCACCGGCGCUCCCAUCGCAGCAGCUGCUGUCCCUUCAGCCUCAGCCACCGCCGCACCCGGCGCCGCACAUCUACAGCGUGACACUCCCGCCCAGCUGCGGGGCAGAGCAGGCAGGUUACUACCGGCGGCCCGCCGCAUCCCGCGAUGCCGCACCGUCGACGGAGGUGUCCGCGGCGGCACAGCCAUACGUCUUGCACCCCGGAGGGUCCGCUGUCCGGCCCGUGUGCGAGCAGGUCACCGACUUGCUGCGCAAGGAGAGGAGGCCAAAGAAGCCAGGCAAGUACAUCUGCUCAUACUGCGGGCGGGCGUGCGCCAAGCCGAGCGUCCUUCAGAAGCACAUCCGCUCCCACACUGGCGAGCGGCCAUACCCCUGCGCCCCCUGCGGCUUCUCCUUUAAGACGAAAAGCAAUCUGUACAAGCAUCGCAAGUCGCACGCGCAUGCUUUAAAGGCCGGGGCAGGGCCCAGCGGAGACGAGGGGGAGGGGGCCUUCCUCGAGUCGGGCAGCGUGGACGAGCAGGAGGGCCGCUCCGAGGGGGACGAGACCACGGACAGCGAGGACGAGAGCGGCCUCGAGGAAAUGGCCCAAGCGAGCUCAUCAAUGGGCCCCGAGCCUCCGACGAUGACGAGCAAAAACGUAGCGGUGCCUCCGACUUAUCCCGCCGAAGCAGAGGGAAAGUGGGUUGGCUCCUUGGCGGCGGCCACCUGCUUGCAGCCCGUGGGAAUGGUUCCGGAGCACGGAAUGGUGGUGCCGUCGCAGCCACCCGCGCCGCGCAGCAGGAGCCCCAAGCUGCAUGAGGCGACGAGGGAGCGGCCGACCACGUGCCACCCCGGAGAGCACCAGGCGGUGCGGCAGAAGUUGGCGUGGACGCUGAAGCUUGCCGAGCGGAAGAGGCUCGAGAGCGACCAAGUGCAGGGCCUCCAGAGGCAGCCCAGGUGCCCGCCGCACCCCUCGCUACAGCUGCUGAGCCCAAUGAGCAAAAGCAGCACGGACUCGGGCUACUUCUCUCGUUCGGAGAGCGCCGAGCACCAGGGCAGCCCGCCCGGCGCGGCGCCCGCCAUGACGUACAGGGAGAUGGUGCUGGGAAAGAACGUGCCUCCCGGUCUGAGAGGGACCGACGCGUACGUGUCCGCUGCCGUCGCGGAGACCGUCGCGAGGCCCGGGCAGGGGAAGCUGCCGUUGGAGAAGAGGCUCAUAGAGGAGCACAUCUCCAGGCUGAUUUUGCACAACGAGGCAGUGAUGGACGACAAGGAGCUGGACAGCGUGAAGCCGCGCCGCAUGUCAUGGUCGCGGAGGGGCAGCUUCGACUUCUCGAAGCAGCACCCGGAGUGCGACCCCGAUACGUCGAGGGGCUCGACCCCGCGGCACCGCCUUGCCGACGAGCAUCACAGGCCGCCGCACGGCCACGCCUCCUCGAUCUGCCCCGAGGCGGCCCGAUGGAGCGCGGAAGCGGCGCCGCUCAACCGGAGCAACUCGACGCCGGCGACCCCCGGCUAUGCGGGGCGGGCCGAGGCCACCGGGCGCCUGCCAGGCCCGUCACGCUCCAGCCGCUCCUUCGACGAGGCGACGCCGCCGCGCGGGAAGGCGCAGCCGUACCCGGGGCACCAGCGCACCCUCGUGAGGCAGAAGGCCAUCGAGGUGCCCCUGGCCGGCGAGAGCCAGGCGGCGCCACCGCCAGAAUUCUCCGAGCUCAAGUCCGUGUCGAUGGACGAAGGGAAGAGGGGCCGCUCCUUGGGGGAGACCCUAACGAGGCGCUACCGAAGCUUGGAGGAGAGCUACUCUCAGGAGGAGAGCGCGGAGAACGAUGCCUUCUUGCAGGUGAGGAGACGGAAAGGGUCCAUGUACGAAUGCGAAAUCUGCGGCGUCCGCUACAGGAAGGCGGAGAACUUUGCUGUGCACAAGAAGUUUUAUUGUUCGGAGCUGUACGCCCCCAAGCUCAAGCAGACUGCCCCCAAGGUGCCGCUCGAGUCGGAGACGCCGCAGCGGGACACGCAGCCGCAGAUGGUGCACUUCAAGGUGUCCGCGGUGGCUUCAGAGGGCGUUGUGGGUGUGCGGAAACGCAGGAAGGAGAAGACGGCUGGAGAAGAAGAGGAGUCUCCACCGGAAAAGCCCACGGCGCCGCUGCACGGACACUUUCUGACAUCGUGGCAACAAACCGUUCCUGCAUCAUCGUCUGCGCCUGCACACCUCCAUCGGGAACAUUACGCAUCCGCGAGCCUCAGUAGCGCCCCUGCAGAGAGGGGUGGCGAACCGGCUGCGACCUGCCGCCCGGCGACGACGUACACAGUAGCGGCGGCGGAAGGGCACCCUUCUCAGAGAGGCGAUCGCAUUUGCUCGUUACACGCUCCUCAUAGCAGAGGAGGGGAGGACAUUCACUCGGCCGUCGAGAGGGCGCUCGAGGCGGUGCCGGCCGUGAUGCGGACCGGCAGCAAGGAGAUUUCUGUGAUUCAGCAUACAAAGUCUCUGAGCCGACCUAGCUCCUUCGAGAGGGCGGAGUCGGUGGAAGCGACGCAGGGCGAGGGGGAGCCGACGACACAAUCGAGUGGCGUGUCUUUACUCAAGGAAAGUUCGACAGGCCAGUAUGAGAGGGCGGAGGGCGCAGAAACACAGGGUAUUACAUUUUCAGUGCCUUAUCAGCAGCAACAGCAGCAGCAGCCGGUACAGCAGACCACCCUCCUGGUGCCAGAGAUACUCGUGACGGAGGACACGGACAAAGACCCGACAGAGGCCGCGAGGAAGGAGCAGGAGAAGGCGGCCCAGGAGUUCCAGUGGCCGCAGAGGAGCGAGACGCUGUCGAAGCUCCCCGCCGAGAAGCUGCCCCCGAAGAAGAAGCGCCUGCGCCUGGCCGACCUGCAGCACUCCUCCAACGAGUCGAGCACCGAGUCAUCGUCGCUGUCACGCAGCAUGAGCGGCGAGUCGAGCAGCAUCUCGCGCGGCUCCAGCUUCUCCGCAUCCUUCGAGCGAGACGACACGGCCACCAAAGCACAAAGCGCCGUCGCUGCCAAUGUCGCUGCCGGUGCCAUCGUCGCCGCCGCUAGCAAACCGUCCGAGUUCCUCACCGUGCCCAGCGCGCACCACCACCGCGAAGUCAAGGAGAUGUGCCGCUCAUCCUCGGAGCAAGGACCCGCCCCGGAGCAGCCGGUGCAGCUGUCCGAAACCCGUAGCAAGUCGCUGGACUACGGCAGCGGAACGCAGCAUCCUGCGCCGACGGCGCCAGCGGUCACGUCGACAGCGGCGAUUGGCACGUCGAGGCGAAGAGGAAUCUUGGUUCGUCAGGCGUCUUUAAGCGGAAGCCCGGACAGCCCCGAACCGGCCCUGCCCCAGGGCGAGACGUCUUCUCGGCCGUCGUGGCGAAGCGAAGCUUCGGACACAAAGGAGCAGCACGUGCAGAGAACGUCUUCAACCGGGAUGUCUCCCCGGACACCCGAGCAGAGUGCGUCUCCAAAGCCCUCGGCGUCUCGUCGUGACGCACAGCCGCCACCUGCGCAGCGGAUGUUUGUCCCACCUCCACCGGCUCCUAUAUUGAUCAGCAGCGCCCUGGGCCACCUGCCCGCCGUGGGUACGCUGCAGCCCGUCUACUCCCUUUCCCACCUGCACUUGCCACUCUCCCUUCCGGCCAUGCCGCUGCACCGACACCAACUGCCGCUGCAUUUCCAGAUCCCGCAGGCGCCGAGCCCGCCGCCGCUUCAGCGAGUCUACGGCUGUCCGCUGAAAAUCCCCGUCGUGCAGGGCCUGAGCACGUUGUCUCACCUCCAGCUGCCCCUCCAGCAGCUCGGCGUGCCCCGGUUCCACGUGCCGCAAAUAGCGGUGCAGACGAACGUGCCGUUCAUCAUCCCUGCACCGCCAUCGUUUGCGCAGCGCGCGUUUGUUCCGCGAGAGCUCUCGGACGCCAAGGGGAGCGGAAGCCCACUCUUCCAGGCCGCUUUGGGGCGCGGCUUCACACCCCUGCACCCGCUGCACCUACCACGGAUGUCACAAGCGAUAGUCGCAACUGAACAUCCGAGACUUCUGACGCCAGUAACUUCCCUCAUGGUUCCGGUGAGGAUCCAGACUCCCUUUCCUUCGUACAGCUACAGCAUGUACACCACCCUCUCACAGAUGCUGGUCACCCAAGCCCAAAGCAGACCUCAGCCAGUCGUCAUCUGCCAGUGGAACAAUAGACAGCUCGUGUCGGGUGCCUUGGGCCCUCGUCCCAGACCCGGCCGUGCGACCGCAAGCCCUCACGUGUCUCCCAUCACGCCAGCAUCACCCGCCUCACCGUCGCACCAGCUUUUGAGUGAGAAGAUGCAGCUGUCAUCGCUGCCGGUGUCCGGGCUGGAGGGAGUGUCCGAAAUGCCUCUGCCCGUGGCUGGCAAGCGCAUGCUGUCACCCGCGAGCAGCUUUGAAAUCGCCAUGGAAAUCCGCGGACAAAACCAGAAGCGGGCCAAGGAAGAAGACCAUUCGGUCGGCUCGGAGGAGGGCAUUGAGCGGGCGUCCGAGCCAGAGAGGGUCAAAGCAUCUUCACCCGUCAGGUCAAGGCCGCCCACGUUGGUGAGACAGCACUGCACCACCAAGACUUUGGAGAGCAGUUCCACCACUCCCGUGAACUCCACCCGCGAUUUAGCAUCCACGGACUCCUUUUCCAAACUGGAAGUCUCUGUCGUGCUGGAGCAGGUGACUCAAGGAGAGGAAACGGACAAGGAGUGCAAGCCGAGCAUUUCAACGCAAGUUCUGCCAUCCGUGCGCUUCACGAGCAACAUGCCACCUGCCCCAGACACUGCCUAUGACGACCUCCUUCCUGGAAAGUGUUCCCCUCCAAAGUCCACGCCACCGAUAAAAAUUGUCAUCUCGGACAUGGCCGGCACUGCAACUGAGGUAUCGACGAGUCUGUGCAUGCAGGAGAUUGGCCGAGAGCAGGCAGUCUCAGCGGACGCCCGGGAUGUUCCGAAUCUCCAGCCCACCACGACCGUCACCUGGUGCUUCUUGGUGAACUGCCGGCCGAGCCCCGUACCGCAGGACGAGAACACGGAGUCGGUCUAUGCCUCCUGGGGGCGCGACUUGGACCACAGAGGCAACUGCAAUCCCCUAGGCCUGUCCACCAAGGCCGCGCUGGGCCUCCUGUGUUCACGGCAGAGGACCACCAUGUCCAUCUACACCAGCACGAUGAUUACCCCUGCACGGGCUGACCAGAUGGUACAGUCCAGCCAGUGGAAGCCAGGGUUGGCUAAGGUUGACUCCCGGGAAAGCGGGGUCGGCGGGGUCGGCGGGGUCGGCGGGGUCGGCGGAGUCGGCGGGGUCGGCGGGGUCGAGAUCCCGGCUGCCCCCGAGGGCCCUGUGGAACCGGUGGCGGCGGCGACAACGCCCGGCGGUGCGCGGGAGGCUGGAGACAGCGCCGCGGAGGCCUGCGACCCCACGGGACCCAGGCCUAAAUCCAACCGCAUCCGCAUCUUCAAGGGAGGGUACAAGUCAAACGAGGAGUAUGUGUACGUGCGCGGCCGCGGACGAGGCAAGUACGUGUGCGAGGAGUGCGGCAUCCGCUGCAAGAAGCCCAGCAUGCUGCGCAAGCACAUCCGCACGCACACGGACCUACGGCCCUACUCCUGCCGCGUCUGCUGUUUCGCCUUCAAGACCAAAGGGAAUCUCACGAAGCACAUGAAGUCCAAAGCUCACAGCAAGAAGUGUCUCGAGGUCGGGGUCAACCCAACCUUGCUGGAGGACCAGCUCGAGGAGGACGAUCCAGGAGCCGAGGAGGAGCGGCUGCAGUGCUGGGAGGAGGUGCACCAGUUUUCCGACGUGGAGGAAUCGGAGGGGGCAGAAGACGACGACGUUGACAACGAAGACGACGACGAGGAGGAGGACGAGGAGGGAGGCGGCGGCGGCGGCGGCGGCGUCGUCGAGCUCGCGGGCGCGGACGCCCAUGCCCUCCGCUCGGCCGGGACGAGCCGCUCCGUUUCCGGAGAGCGGGUGGGUCCGGGCGACGAGAGGAUCCGCUCCGCUCCCGCUCGGCGCGGGGGACGGCUCGCGCGCGUGGAGUCGGAGGAUAGCGUGCGAGCCCACGGGCAGGAGGAGGACGAGGAGGAGGAUGAAGACGAGGAGGACGAGGAGGAAGAGGAGGCGACGCGGCGGUUUUCGCACGGCGGGGCGAGCGAGGGCCUGCACUUCUCGCUGAGGGCGUUCGGGGACUUUGGCGGGAGGGCGGCGAGCGUCAUCGCGCUCACCCUGCCCACGCGGGCCCCGUCCCGUGGUCCCGAGCUGGGCGCGAGAGACGACACGGAGGAGCCCAUGGUGAUGACUCCUGACCGGAACAUCAGAGGAUUGGAGGAGCUGACGCCACAGCUCCUGGUGACAGCAACGGCAGCAACCGCGCCUCUGCAGAACUUCCUCAGCCACCUCCCCCUGCACUCGCAGGGCCUGGCCUGGGCCCCGCGCCGCACAGUGUCCGUGGGCGGGAUCCACAUGGUCCACGCGGGUGUGGCGGCGCCCCCUGUUCGCGGCGCCGCCUGCGGAAUGGGCGGCGAGGCCCCGCAGAGCGGAGUACCGAGCACAAGCCUCCCGGGCGCGCAACUCGCCGGCGCCGAGGAGUCGCCGCCGCAGCGAGCCGAGGCGCUCGCGCGGAGCCGCGCGGCGGGGGAGCGGCCGGCGAGCGGUCCCCCGCCUCCUCCCCCACCACCAUCACCGGCGGUGGCGACGAGCGUCCUCGCCGGUCUUUGCUCGACGGCGGGAUUUCUGCAGGCGCAAUCCACGACUGGACAGACUCAUCAGCAUCACGAACCCCAUCUACAUCAUCAUCAUCAUCAUCUUCGGCAUCUUUAUCGGCAUCAGCAGCAGCAGCAGCAGCAGGAUACCGGGAUCGCGACGGCAAACUCGACGGAGUCGUCCCCGAAUCAGCACUUAGAAACGUUGCACUACGGCCUUGCCGCAUGCACGGAAGAGGAGACGCAGCCGGCGGUGAGCGACCAGGCCCGGCCAACCGGCACUUGGGCAGAAGAGAGGCCGGGGCCGGCGAUAGCGGUGGCAGCGACAGUGACCGCGAUGAGCGAGAGCCGUGCCGGGGCCACUGGCAGCGCCGUCGCCAGCCGAGAUGAAACUCGUGACGUGCGAGAGGAAGAGGCGCCCUGACAGGAGGGGUUAUCGUCGUUGCUUUUUUUUUUAUCUCGCAUCGUUAUAAAAAAAAUCUCAGCGCCUGGCGCUUUUCUUUCAGCUCGCUUGCACGAAAUCGAUACUCCGUGGCCGCGUUAAAGUGGUACGUUUUGUUAUUUCCGUCCUCUCCAACGAAAGGCAUUUAUCCUGCAAGAGUCACUUUUUGUUUGUCGUCGUUAUUGUUGUCGUCGGGAAAUAUUUGUAUAAAUGACCAAGUACAAUCAUGCGUCCGUUGUAAAAUAUUGUACAUACUUUUUAGUGGUGCACAGACCCCAACGGUGUUUCUGCGCAUAUCUCGUCAGUGAGGCUUCUCUGCUGCAGGCAGGGCAUACAAAGUUUAAUACAGGAGAAGGAAGUGCACCGGUUUUUGGUAACCGUUUUGGAAAUCAAGUUUGGGUCUAUAUAUGAAAAAUGCUAAAAAAAUAAAAUGUUUUGCAUCUUAUCCGUGAUGUUGCACUGAGAUGUAUUUUUUUAAAGGCUAUAAAACUGUUAAUGUAUAUAAAGCUAACUUACAUACUUAAAGUAUUUAUUGUAUUCAGUAUUUGUUUUUGUAAACCAUGUCUUUGAGCUGUGAUUAAUGCUUAUUUAUAAAUAAUAAGCAAAAUGUUUCCUUUACAAACUAAAAUAUAAUUCUAUUUGUCUUUGAAGAGCGCGAUAAGUGUCCGUGUGUUUAUUUCAAGAGCACGCUAAAUCUGCAGUGAUAGUAACAUUAUCAUUGCAGGUUAACCCCCCACGAUGUUUGCAGGCACUGAAUCCAUGUUUACUCUCCGACGAUGUCCCAGAGACCUCGGUAUCGCCCGAGUCUGAGUACUCCGAGGUCAAGGCUCUGCUCCUGGAAUGAUCGGCCUUUUCUCGCAGUGCAGCUCCUAGGCUGUGAAACGCUUUCCCUUUGGCAUAAGACAGAGUCGUUCGAGCCAUUUAAGCCUCUCUUGAAAACUCACCUCAUUAAAUUCGCCUUUACCCCCGAGUUUUGGCCAUUUACCCUUGGUUCCGUUUAUUUCCGGAUAGCCAUAAACGCCGCAUUGGUGAUCUAUGGAUGAAGUGCACUUUACCAAUGUAAAUAAUUAAUUCCAGACCAUACUUCACUACUCUUAUCCGUGUGAAGGUGGGGUGGGGGGGGGGAGCCCAAAGUGGCAUAGAUACCCCUCACCAUUAAUGUUAGUCAUGGACGGGAAUCGAGCUCGGGUGACCGGGAUUCAUAGUGCACUGAGCUAACCACUGCUCGACACACUCUACUAGCACUAAUAAUGCAUUUUAUUCGCUCAGGAUGCCACGCUGAGUCUUAAGAAUGCUUUUCAUGAGAAUGCUCUGCAUUGGGUUGUUUGACCAAUUCCAUUCAUGUUUAGCACUUGGGAAGAAGCCGGAGAACCCGUACAGGAUAACCAUGACACAAACAGUCAAAUCUCCACACAGAUGGCUUCAAUCCACAGAUAGAUUCAAUCCUUUGAAUCAUAUUUUGGACUAAACCCAUUGCUGUACUAUCAUCUCCUUGCCACCUCUCAGCCACAUGCAUGCUUUUGCUAACUGAUAAAGUGCUGAACCACCUUGCUUGUCCCAGCGUACACCCGGAUGAUGCUGCACCCAUCUGAGAUCUGAUGAUGCAGGUCGCCUCUGCGUUCCCAGGUCCAAGCUUUGGUCGAUGGGUGACCGAGCUUUUUCCCAGAAAAUGGCUUUCAGCAUUUCUUUUAUUGUUAUAUUUUUCCAUGAGUUAUUUUGAUGCUGCUUUGUCUUGUGCAGCGCUUUGAGAUCAUCGAUGAAAGUCGCUGUACUUAAUAUAACCAUGACAGUAUUAUUAACGCUCUGGUGGUCUCCCAUACAAAAGCACUAGCCAAGUUCAAACCCCACUUAGCUUUCCGGGACCGGAUGGGGUCGGGCGUCGUUGGCGGGUGAUUUGAUCGUGGGAUGCGAAAAGCAACGGAAGCCCAUUUUGUAAUUGAAGACGGAGUUGGCAAUCUGCUGAUUGACUGAGCGCCGUGGCGCUGUGAGGCACAAAGGGCUUUGUGGUGCAUUCUGAAGUUGGUUAACUCUGCGCGCGCGUUUUCAUGCAAUCGUUUUUAUUUCCCCCAAGGUCAAAGGUCGACCAACCCAUGUCAUUGAACUCUAACCUUUUGACGGUCGCUCUGCCCUAUUGCGUCAGUGUCAUAUCACUCCCCCCGCCAUCCAUAUGGGUUUUUCUAAAUCUGUAUUUUUGGCUAAAUAAUAUUGAUAUUUAUGUAUAACACGUUAUAAUUGAUUUCAUGCCAUCAGAAUGUCCACAUUUUUAUUACAAAUGUAUUCUGUUGCGAAACGAACUUCGUUUUUAUGAGCAAUUAACACUCAUUGCCUCUGAGCAUUGGAAUCAAACCUCUUCAGAAUGAUAAUGCAAGGCCAGUGGUCAGUCCACUGCUGGAUGAAGGCGUGCUCAUGCCAUAUUAGUUAUUGGUGAGUUUUUUUGACCGAUCCGCUAAUGACCGAUGGUCCGAUGCUGCCACAGCCGUGGCGUGAACACAAACUAAGCAAGACCCUUGGAAUACCCCACGCACUCAAGGGGUCGUAGGUUAAUGACAAAAACUAAUUUACAAAAUGUCAUCGAAUUCAGCUUCUAAAAAUAUAAAAGGUGAAUUCGUCUUUCGCAUCUCCAUUUAGUCUGUCUCUCUUCUCUGUCUCUUAUGUCGAUCUCUCUCAUUUCACGACAUUUCUGUCUCAUCUGUAUCUCUUCUCAUCUCAUUCUUUCAUAUUA